AUGGCGACGCAACAUGGCUUUCUUACUCGGUUCGUCAACGAGACAACGUUUUACAACCGGAUAGUUCUGAGCCACCUUUUGCCGGCGAAUCUAUGGGAGCCUUUACCACAUUUCCUCCAAACGUGGCUCAGGAACUACCUCGCCGGAAACUUACUUUACUUCAUCUCCGGCUUCCUCUGGUGCUUCUACAUCUAUUACCUCAAACUCAACGUUUACGUUCCUCAAGAUUCUAUUCCAACAAGAAAGGCAAUGAUUCUGCAAAUAUAUGUGGCAAUGAAGGCUAUGCCUUGGUCCACACUUAUUCCAACUGUGUCUGAGUAUAUGAUCGAGCGUGGUUGGACUAUGUGUUACUCUACACUUGACAAAAUCGACUGGUUCCUCUGUUUUGUCUACAUUGUGCUCUAUCUUGUUUUAGUUGAGUUUAUGAUCUACUGGGUUCACAAAAUGACUCAUGACAUUAAAUUUCUAUAUAAGCAUCUCCAUGCAACCCACCAUAUCUACAACAAGCAAAACACACUCUCCCUUUUGCGGGGCUUGCAUUCCAUCCAUUAG